AGUAAUAAAACCAUUUGUGCAUAAACAACACAAUAUGUCGAGCACGGGUAUCGUUCUGUACGGGGUGGAUCUCAGUCCGUGUGUUCGGGCCGUCAAGUUGACCCUAAAGGUCCUGAACUUGGACUACGAAUACAAGGAGGUGAAUCUCCAGACGGGCGAGCACCUGAAGGAGGAGUUCCUGAAAAAGAAUCCACAGCACACGGUGCCGGUACUGGAUGACAAUGGGACGUUCCUCUGGGACUCCCAUGCCAUCGCCACCUAUUUGGUGGACAAGUACGGCAAGUCGGAUGAGCUAUAUCCCAAAGAUCUGGUGAAGCGGGCGAUCAUCAACCAACGCCUGUUCUUCGACGCCAGCGUUAUUUUUGCAAGCUUAGCCAACGUAAGCGGCGCCUUCUGGCGAAGUGGGAUUAAAGAUGUGCCGCAGGAGAAGCUGGACACCAUACACCGGGGUCUGGCGCUGCUGGAGACGUUCCUGGUCAGCAGUCCGUAUCUGGCGGGUGAUUCGUUGACCCUCGCCGACCUGUGCACUGGUCCCACUGUCAGCUCCCUACCCGCUGCCGUCGACAUCGAUCCGGCAGUCUAUCCGAAGGUCACCGCCUGGCUGGAGCGGCUCGAUAAGAUUUCCCACUACAAGGAGAUCAACGAGGCUCCAGCUCACACUUACGUCACCUUUCUUCGCAGCCAGUGGACCAAGCUGGGGGAUAAGUAAACCAUACACCAACGAACAACCCGCCAAACAGAAACACGAACUUUGUUUCAUUUGUAAAAAACCGAUAAAUCAGAUUAAAAAUAUGUUUUAUAAUAAAAAUAUUACCAAAGAACCAA